CACAACUCUGUGAGAGAGGACAGCGGAGGACAGGAGAAGGCGAGGAGGAAGAGGGGAAGGGGAGCAGAGGGUGUUGCGGCCAUGUCAGACACACCUUUGCAGAGGAACGGCACAGCCACAGCCCCGAUGUCGUGUGAGGAGGCUCAGCUCCACAAAGAGAGGCUGCAGGCCUUGGCGGAGAAGCGAAAAUGGCAAACUGAGAUUGAAGAAAAAAGAAGCCAGCUCGAUGACCUGGUGCUACAACUACAGCAUCUGAAGUCCAAAGCCAUGCGUGAGCGAUGGCUCCUCCAGGGAAUCGGAGCGGAGGAAGAGCCGGUGCGGCGGAAACAGCUGGAGCAGGAUGAAGAACAAGGGAAGAGGCUGGAAGACAUAAUGCAUAGGCUGGAGUUUGAAAUCGGCACACUGGAGAACGAGGAGUCUCUGAUAUCAGCCAAAGAGCAGGUUCUCCGGGAACGUCUGAAAGAGACGGAGUGCUCGAUAGAAGACCUGCAGAAGAGUCUGAUGAGCCAUGAUGGAGAUGCCACCGGCUGCAUGUCCGCCCCGCUCUCGGACUGCAUGGACCCCGAUCCCGACCACGUCGUCCUGGCCACGCAGCCCAGGACCGGCCCACCUGCCAUACCAAGACCUGCAUUGUUUGCCAUGGAGAUCAACGUGGAGCAUGACGCGCAGACCGGCGAGCAGCGCAUCCUGUCAGCCAACCGCGUGAGCCCGCUGGAUUCGGCAUCGCGCGGCGUCAAAAUCUACGACGAUGGCAAAAAAGUGGUCUACGAGGUCACUUCCUCCGGGGGCGUGUCCACCAGCACCAUGGAGAACGGCUGGAGCUCCGCGCAGGUCGACCAGCUGAUCCAGCGAGCUGCCAGACCGGUCGUGCAAGCGGGAGACGGCAGCAAGGGUCAGGUGACGGUGACCCCAGCUGCCCCGCAGGCUUACGUCUCCCCUGCGGAUGUUGACGACCUGUCUCCGCCCUCCUGCGCCCCGCCAUCCGUUCCUUCAAGCCCACCAGCCCAGGUCACCCUCCAGAGGGAGGCCCGCCUUGGCAUGAUGCCCCCCGCUGCUCCCAUCACGACCCAGCCCGGUACCUCAGCCCCACCGGGCGGCGAGCUCAGCUCCCCAAUGCAAGCCAGCGCAGAGCACCCAAUCACCAUGGUGUUCCUCGGCUACCAGGACGUCGAGGACAUGAGCGAGAGCAGGCGGCUGCUAGGUUUCGAUGGCGCGGUGAAGGCCGAGGUGGUCCUGAUCGACGAAGACGACGAGAAGUCGCUGAGGGAGAAGACGGUCACUGACCAAUCCAUCAUCGACGGCACGGCGGCUGACCUCGUGUCGGGGCGGCCGGCCACGUCUGAGGCCGCCAGCACGGAACUGUCAUUCGAGCCUGACAGCACCUCCUCGCCCCCCACCAACCCCGACGCCAACACGGGCCCCCCGCCCGGCCUCGCCCCCGCCACAGGUUACGGCAAAACGGGGGUUACCGUGAUAACGGCAAAUGGGUAUCAAGCUCCCAUUCCGACCAGGAAUCCUCACACCGCCAUGAAACUGUGGCGGGCAGCCGAGGAUGUCAGUGACACAAUACCGAGAGAGCGGGCCUUGAAGAGCGUCAGCUUCCAGGAAUCGGUCAGCGUUAUCACUGACAGGCCUGCAAACAUGGAACUGGAGAGCCAGCAGAUCCAACAUGGCUGCCUCAGCAGCCCCAGCAACCGAGCUCACAAUGCAGUGAUGUCAGAGACUCCUGACAGCGAAGUGGUGCAGGAGAUCCGCUACUUGGACCAGGUCUUAGACGCCGCCUCAGAAACACCCACCAACGGAAACUCUUCUCCGUCAGAGCACAGCAAACCAAUCAGCAUCGAUGGGAACUCUCCUUCUGUCUGCGUGUCCGCCUCCUCUCCUGUCAAUCACCAAUCGAUUGUUGUGGAGGGGCUGAAACAAACCACGUUCCUCCACCAGAAGGACUCUGCUGUGAGGACCAACGGCCAUGUGCAGGGCGAGGAGUCGGGGAGGGCCAAGUUUGAGCUGAGAGCGUUUCAGGAGGAGAGGCGGCCGGCGAAACUCUUCACCCCAGGAGAGGAGCAGCAGGUCAGGGUGACGAGGAGGCGACCAUCAGGGGAGGUUCAGGAGCUGGAGCGUGAGCGUCAGGAGCUGAUCAAAGACCAGGCAGUGAAGAAAAACCCCGGGAUCGCCCGGCGCUGGUGGAACCCCCCGCAAGAGGUUCCUUUGGAAGACCAGCUGGAUGUAGAUCAGCUUGAGUCUCUCAAGAAGUACCAGGAGAGGAAACAGCAGAAAGAGAGUCACACUUAUACAUACACACAGCCCCAGGUCUCAGGUCCUCUCACAAUAGUGACCUUUGACCCAGAGCUCAACAGGAAGGAGGAAAUUUCAGAGGAGCAGAUCAACUUCUCAUCUGCCAGAAGGCAGUUUCUGCAAGGGGAGGCGACCAAGCGCGACGUAGCUCCUCACAUGUAUUCUGCCAAACCCUUUUCGAAAUCCACAACCAGGGCCAGCCAGUGGAGCAGUGACGUCGUCGCAGAAACCGGGGAGGGUCACGUGACCUGGUCUGCCGAAGAAGUUGCAGAGGAAUUUACCUGCGCGCGAGCUGUAAUGACAAUCCUGCCCGACGAGGAGGAGACGAGGAGCCAUUUCUAUCCAGGUUUUCACCCAGAGGAGUCUGACUCGGGAUUAGACGAGUUAUCUCUCCGUUCUCAGGACACGACGGUGUUCAGCUUGGAUAACAUUUCUGACAGCGGGGCCUCGCUACCGCCUACUCCGUUGCCACUUACCCCGGUGUCACCGCCCACCCCCCAGCCCACCACGCAAGUCAAUGGGCGGACCAGCAGCAGUACAACAGAAGACGUGCUGGAGUACCAGGCAGGGGUACUUGUCCAAAAUGCCAUCCAAAAUGCCCUGGCAGCUCAGGAUGGAGAGGAGUGGCAGCCGUCUGAGUUGAAUUCUUCCCAGCUGAGCGCCCCUGUAUCUCCAUCCUCGACUUCAACCAGUAGCCCAGUGCCAGUUUCUUCCUCCCCUGUGUCUUCUGGCGGAGCUCCCAGUCUCCAAUCACCCGUGUCCACCAGUCCUGCUCCAUCCAACCUGUCCCCUCAGCCAGACAGGCGGCCAGAAGUAAGGGUCUUAUCCCAAGAGAAGCCUUCCGAAUCGCAACAGGCUCUGCAACAGCAGCAGCCCUCCAGUCCAGCCCAGCAACCACAACUCCAGACGCCGUCUCCGCCUCCUUCUCAGCCCGUCUCGCCAGCACAGAGGCCCAAAAACGGAGGCCCCCGGAUCAAAAUCCAGUCCUCUUACGCCAGAGCGCUCGCCUCCUCGGCGCCGCCUCCAGCUCAGGCGCCUGCCUCUUCCUCAUCAGCGGCUCCGGUUCCCAGGCCGACCCCGGUCUACCGCCCCCCUUCUCCCCCGAGCCUGGAGAAACCGGAGUUCAGCUACUUCAGCAAAUACUCGGAGGCGGCGGAACUGCGUAGCACGGCGGCGGCGGCGCGAGGCCCCGAGGCGGAGGCAGCCAGCGGCCCAUUCCGCCUGCGCUCCAAGAAGCAGCGGACUUUGUCCAUGAUCGAAGAGGAGAUCCGAGCAGCUCAGCAGAGGGAGGAGGAGCUGAAGAAACAGAGGGAGGAGAAGCCCGUUGUGAUUGUCCGCCCCAGAAACUCCUCCAACAGCCUGGGCCCCGCGAGGACGGGGAUGCAGCAAACCAAGAUUUCCCCAGCAGAUAAGAUGAAGAGCAACAGCCUGCCAGCUAGACUCACACUGACAGCGAGGACAGCACCAGGGAAGAUCGAGAAGGUUCGACCUGUGCCGCCUGUCUCACCCUCACCCUCAGAGGGAGCCCUGUCUGACGCCGGCAGCGAGGACUCUGGAGGACGACCCAAGAACUUCAUGCAGACGCUUAUGGAGGACUAUGAAACACACAAAGUGAAGAGGAGGGAGAAAAUAGAGGACAACAGUUAUGCCCGUUUGUUGCUGGUUAACGAGGUAACCACUGAGGUUCUGGAGGCGACUCGCGUCACCAGGAGGAAAAGUGACAUGGCACGGAAGUGGGAAGCCGGUAUCUACGCCAAUGAGGAAGGAGCGGGGGAGGAGGAAGAAGAGGAGGAGGAGGAGGAGGAGGAGGAGUAAACGGCUCCUCUCAGAGACGGUUAAGGGACUGAGUGGAAAGGUGGAGGAAGAAGAGGAUGAUGAUGGGACUGAAGGAAAAAUGCAGCGAUGAUAGGGAAAGGCAACAGUAUUUAUUUUACUAAUAGUAUUCUGAUGAUCACAUGACCCGCUGGCUCGACCAAUGGGACUAACCGAAGAGAUGCAUCAAGUUGUGGUGUUUUGGACCUGACGAUUGAAGGCCGACAGUAUGUUAAAAUGGCCGAGCAUGUGAGAGACAUUUGAGGUGUUGAGGUGAGUUUGGAGAAAGGUCAGUUACGACAGAGACACUUUGAAAGGGUUCUAUGUUGGUUAAACUGAUCAGAGGUGUAUUUGGUUUUAAAGGUUUUUACUAGUUGGUAGACGCUGAAUGACUUAAAUAUUCAUAGGAUUUUCAUUUGCCUGUAAUCUUUUUUUAUUUAAAUAUGGGCUGAGAUCUAAAGAUUAUAUUGAGACUUGAUGAUGGUUUUGGCAACGGGUGCUUGACAGUAAUAACCCCAAUCGUCUUCAAAAUGUGCGGAAAGACAACGCAAGUGUGUGCAUUGUGACUUUCAAGAAACGUCUGACGAAAGGAGAAAAAGCAAGGUCUAAUUUCUGUAAUUUCAGAUUAUUUUGUUUUACCUGGAUUCAGUGAUGCUGCAGGAUGGCCGGGAUGGGACCUGAAGCAUCACUUUCAGAGCCCGUGAAAGUUGAUCUUCUGCAUCUCGCAGUGCCGCAGUACACCACAGUACACCACAGUACAGAUCGAAGGCACAUACGACGAGUUGGUGGGAUCUCUCGCAAUCCCUUUAAGCAUCUAUAUUAAAUCGUAAGUGCCGACUCGAGGGUCCUUGAACUGUCGAAUGCUAGCGAGGAAAUAUUUGAAAACUAGCAUCGAGGUUCAACUUUGCCUUAGACCGUCAGUAAUCGUGGGAUGCACGAUACGUACGAUGUAUUUUAUCUUCUCCUAUUCCGUCUUGCUACAGUUUCUGUAGACUUUAGAGAAAAUUACACAACCACAUUAGAUAGAAAGCCUGUCAUUGAAAAAAUAUUCUUCAGUGACUUUGUGUCUAGUAAGUGACGGACAGACAGGGAUGAGGGAAGCUAACUGCGGAUCAUGUUCGCGUCACUUCAGUCAGCGUGUGUAUUAAUUAAAAGGGCUGCGUCGGGGGUUUUUAUAUUCUACAAAUCACUUAUUUUACAUUCGCUGGCUGCGUCGCUUCGUUGACCUGUGAUUUCUGAUGUAAGCAGUCGUUUCAUGUAUUAUACUGCGGUAGGACUGUGUAUUUGAUAUAUAUGAACAUGUAUGUUGAGAUUCCAGUCGGGCAACAUGCCAUGCAUCUACUAUACUUUGCUAGCUGAGGAUAAAGUUUGAUGAAACAUAUUGGAAAAAGCUUUUUUUAUUAAAAAAAAUGUUGUUAUACCAAAACAGAAUGUCGUUACUUAGAGAACCGUCCGCUUGUGCUUUUGAGUCUAUUUAACAAGUACUGGUUGUGUGCAUGACACUCCUUUCCUCCCCUGAAACAAGCACACAACGAGCAGCAAGAAGAAGGCAAUAGACCUUCAGUAGAAAGGCUGAUAAACAGGUGUGUUCAUUUUGUAUGGUAAUGACAGAACAGUGGGAGAUUUGGGGGUUGGGGGUUGUCAGUUUCUUUUUAGUUUUUUUUUUUACUGAAUAUAUCGUGAGCUUUGAUUUUGCAGAACGAUGUGAUUUCCUGUUUUGUUUGAUGAGCAAAGAAUAACUGCAACACACAGGCCUCUAUGAGUGUGGUGAUGCUGCGGAAUGUCCCGGUGUAGAAAGAAGCGUUCAGCUUCCAAAUUAAGAAACGGCAAACAUGUUGAAAUGUUUUUAAAUGAGAAAUUAAUAGAAAUGGGCCAACAUGGCUGUAGAAAAACAGAACUUUUGAACCACUUUCACUGAAAAGUAGCAAAGAUGACUGAACUCUCCAGUCUCUGUUAGCCUGUUUAUUGAAGCCUUUGAGAUUUAUUUUUCCCUUGUGAACCGCCGGUCAAAGUUUUGAUCACCGCAUCUGUUAGCAUGUCCUGUUCAAGUGUCCUUCCCCCCAGGAACUGACCUUUCGGUUCGCUCACGAACACACUGAAUGAAAUCUAAAUAAUUCAACCCGAGGUAAACUUGCACAAAAGAUAAAGAAGUGUGGGACACAUGCUAACCCUUGGCAAUAAUGACUCUAAUUUAUUUAUUGUGACGGCCCCAUCCCGAGUGCAACUUACCUGACUCUAUUUAAUUAUCUAUUUUAAUAUGUUCUCUGAGGAAACGUAGUGCCAGCAACCAGAAGUGCGUGAUGUGUCCAUUUCCCCCUGAAACAAAACAAACCCACAAUGGUUCCAGAGAAUCCUCCUCGUUCAUGUUUUAUUUCGACACAUAAUAUUGUAUAUAAAAUGAAAAAAGGGAAAAAAAAGUAUUUAAAGGACUACUGUCCCAUUUAAUGAGAUGUUAUUGUGGUGCAGCAGAUAGUGUAUCUUCAUCACAGUGGCAACAGAGGUAGAGCCGAUGCUGAUAUGAGAUUAAUUUACCGCGCGAGUUAAAGGACAAACAAAAUGCUAUUUUGAUGCAAUACCACGUGAGAGUUGUUAGAUUUUAGAGGAGCUUGAAGUGACAUUUUUCAAGAUGAAUGACGGACACAGAUCCUUUAGUGCCGGAUGAUAUUUUUUACAGUGGCCUAUUCUGGAUGCCAGCUGAGCUCCUGUAUCUUAAGCUUUAUUCACAGCACGAUUUGAGUUUCAAGCGACAAAAUCUUCAUCCCUAGUUUACUGUAGCUGCUGCGACACAAUGUAAAACUGUAUUAUUGUGUACACACACUGUCCUCAUUUUACCUUCAAAGGACACAAUCCAACAUUAGAUACACUAGAAUGCUUUUGAAAUGGUUAUGACAUCAUGCACACGCAGAGGAGUUCUAAUUGUGUGAUUUCUUAUUAUUAUGAUGAUUAUGCUUUCGUUGUUUGAAUGAGAUGAUUUAUUUAUCAUUUUUAAAUGCUGGUUGCUUGUUCUGGCCUGCAGAAGCACCUGAGCUUCAGUGUGGGACUCACACUGUCUGUCUGUGUGGGUGCGUGUGUGUGUGUGUGUGUGUGUGUAAUAAAGCAAUCCUAUUAUACAGUAUAACCUCUUCCUAUGUUAACCACUUGUAUGCUCAUACUCUGCUUUGUUAUUUUAUAGCACAUGUAAGGCUCACGGUUAUACACCUACGAUACAUAUUAUGGAUAUUUUCUCAUUAAAAACAAAACCUGUACAUUUC